CUCGCUCCCCUCAGCGACCAGGAGCUCGAGAUGCUAUUAGGUUAUAAUUUUAUUGAGCGUGAGCAGCUGGCCCGGAGAUGGAAAACUUCAUUCUGUAUGAGGAGAUUGGCAGAGGAAGCAAGACCAUUGUCUAUAAAGGCCGACGGAAGGGAACGAUCAAUUUUGUAGCUAUUCUUUGCACUGAUAAGUGCAAAAGGCCUGAAAUAACCAACUGGGUCCGUCUCACCCAUGAAAUUAAACACCAGAAUAUUGUAACCUUUCAUGAGUGGUAUGAAACCAGCAAUCAUCUCUGGCUAGUAGUGGAACUCUGUACAGGUGGUUCCUUAGAAAUGGUUAUAGCUCAAGAUGAAAACCUCCCAGAAGAUGUUGUGAGAGAAUUUGGGAUUGACCUGAUUACUGGAUUACAUCAUCUUCAUCAACUUGGCAUUCUCUUUUGUGACAUUUCUCCUGGGAAGAUACUCUUGGAAGGGCCCGGCACAUUGAAGUUUAGUAAUUUCUGCCUGGCAAAAGUGGAAGGUGAAAACUUGGAAGAGUUCUUUACUUUGAUGGCAACCGAAGAAGAAGGAGGGGAGAGUGGGGAAAACAUACUGAAGAAAAACAUGAAAAGUAGAGUCAAAGGAUCGCUUACAUACACAGCACCGGAAAUCAUGAAGGGGGCCGACUUCUCCGUUGCCAGCGACCUCUGGUCUCUGGGCUGUCUGCUCUACGAAAUGUUUUCAGGAAAACCUCCAUUCUUCUCAGAAAAUGUUUCAGAAUUACUUGAAAAGAUUGUUUAUAAAGAUCCUCUGCCACCUAUUCCAAAAGAUUCUUCUCUUCCUAAGGCUUCUUCAGAUUUUGUGAAUUUGCUGGAUGGUUUACUUCAAAAGGAUCCUCAGAAAAGGCUCACUUGGGCAGGCCUCCUGCAGCAUUCCUUUUGGAAGGAUGCUUUUACUGGACAAGACCAGGACUCCAGCCCCGAGGAUGCCGGUGUCAGCGGAAAGGUGAUGGAGUGUUCUGGGUCACGAGAUGCCAAGGAGCUUUUGAGGAGCCCUCAGAGUGGACAAGCCAAAGGGGAGAGGAUUGGCCAGCAGCUAAGUCGCUCUUUGAGACUAGAAAAUCCAACUGAGUUGCGGCCUAAGAAUACUCUGAGGGGUCACCUGAAUGAGUCUAUGUUCCUUCUGAGUUCUCGUCCUACUCCAAGAACCAGCACUGCCAUGGGAUUAGGUCCCGGUGAGGAUGUGACUCAGAAUUCACCACAGAAAGCUCCUCCUUUGACCAAGUCUACAAGUGGGCACCUGAGCCAGCAGGACUUGGAAUCCCAGAUGAGAGAGCUCAUCUACACUGACUCAGAGCUCGUCGUCACCCCAAUUAUUGACAAUCCAAAGAUAAUGAAACAACCACCAAUUAAAUUUGAUCCCAAAGUGUUGCAUCUACCAGCACAUUCAGUGGAUAAGUUAGUAUUACUGAAAGACCAGGAUUGGAAUGACUUUUUGCAACAAGUGUGCUCACAGAUCGACUCCACGGAGAAGACCACGGGAGCCUCCCGAGUCAAGCUGAACCUCCUGUGCUAUUUGUGCACGGUGGCCGGUCAGAGGGAGGUGGCCACCAGGCUCCUCCAUUCCCCCCUGUUCCAGUUGCUAAUCCAGAAUUUGCGAGUAGCUCCGAACUGGGAUAUACGGGCCAAGGUCGCUCGCGUGAUUGGUUUACUGGCCUCCCACACAGCUGAACUGCAAGAAAACAUACCUGUUGUUGAGGCAAUUACUCUCUUAACGGAAUUAAUUAGGGAAAACUUCAGGAACAGCAAAUUAAAACAGUGCCUUUUACCAACCCUCGGGGAGCUCAUCUAUCUCGUGGCCACCCAGGAAGAAAAAAAAAAGCACCCUGGAGAAGGCUGGGCUGUUCCCUUGGCUGCAUACACGGUGCUAAUGAGGUGCCUUCGGGAAGGGGAAGAACGUGUUGUGAAUCACAUGGCAGCAAAGAUUAUUGAAAAUGUCUGCACCACCUGUUCUGCUCAGGCCCAGGGCUUUAUCACGGGAGAAACUGGACCUGUUUUAUGGUACCUAUUCAAACAUUCCACUGUUGAUUCUCUCAGGAUAACAGCAAUAUCGGCCUUGUGCAGGGUCACCCGCCAGGCUCCCUCUGCCUUCCAGAACGUGAUCGAGAAGGUGGGCCUGAACUCCGUCCUCAGCUCCCUGGCCUCUGCCAUCUGCAAAGUUCAGCAGUACCUGCUGACCUUGUUCACCGCUAUGCUGUCCUGUGGGAUUCACCUUCAGAGACUAAUCCAAGAAAAGGAUUUUGUCUCUACAAUUAUCCGUUUACUUGACAGCCCCUCAACUUCCAUUAGAGCAAAAGCCUUCCUGGUUCUUUUAUAUAUUUUGAUUCAUAACCACGAGAUGUUGCUGCUCAGCUGCCAAGCAAGACUGGUGAUGUACAUCGAGAGAGACAGCAGAAAGACCUCCCCAGGCAAGGAGCAGCAGCAGAGCGGCAGUGAGUACCUGUCCAAGUGCCUGGACCUUCUCAUCCGUCACGUCGUGCAGGAAGUGCCACGGAUCCUGGGCGACAUUCUCAGUGCCCUGGCUGGCGUGUCUGGUCGCAAACACCCGUCAACAGUUCAAGCGAAGCAGCUGAAGCUGUGUCUUCCCCUGAUGCCCGUGGUGCUGCACCUUGUCACCUCUCAGGUGUUUCGGCCUCGAGUUGUAACGGAGGAGUUCCUGUUCAGUUACGGAGCCGUCCUGAGUCAUAUUAAGUCAAUAGACUCAGGAGAAACGAACAUAGAAGGAGCCAUCGGACUGAUGGCCUCGGAGGAAUUUAUCAAGGUCACCUUGUCGGCGUUUGAGGCGAUAAUACAGUAUCCCGUUUUACUGAAGGACUAUUGCUCCACGGUUGUUGAUUAUAUCCUGCCACCCUUGGUCUCCUUGGUUCAAAGCCAAAAUGUGGAGUGGAGACUCUUCAGCCUGCGGUUGCUCUCAGAAACCACCUCUCUGCUCGUGAGCCAGGAGGCUGGGGAUGGCGAGGAGGCUGCGAAUGUCGACCCCAGCAGCAGUCUUCUGACUCUCAUUAGGGAUGUCCUACUUCCCCAGUACGAGCACAUCCUCACGGAGCCCGACCCGGUGCCUGCGUACGCGCUGAAGCUGCUGGUGGCGAUGACGGAGCACGGCCCGGCCUUCUGCAGACUUGUGGAAGAAAGCAAACUGAUCCCACUCAUUUUUGAAGUAAUUCUGGCACAUCAGGAGAACAUUCUGGGUAACACCAUGCAGAGUGUGAUUGCGUUGCUCCACAACCUGGUGGCCUGCAAAGACGCGAACAUGAAGCUGCUUUACGAACAAGGACUGGUCCAUCAUGUCUGUAACCUGUUCACCGAAACAGUCACACUGUGCUGGGACGUGGACAAUAAAAACAGCGAUGAGACGGCUGCGGCGCUGCUGUGCUCCCUGCUGGACAUUCUGCAUGGUAUGCUGACCUACACGUCCAGUGUCGUGCGGCUGGCCCUGCAGGCACAGAAGUCUGGCUCCGGGGGGGACACUCAGGCCGCAGAGGACCUGCUGCUGCUGAGCAAGCCUCUGACAGACCUCAUCAGCCUGCUCGUCCCACUGCUUCGUACCGAGGAUCCUGAAAUUUUUGAAGUUUCAUCCAAGUGUCUGUCUAUACUGGUUCAGCUCUACGGAGGAGAAAACCCAGACAGCCUGUCUCCUGAAAAUGCAGAGAACUUUGCCGACUUGCUGACGUCCAAGGAGGACCCGAAGGAGCAGAAACUUCUGCUGAGGAUUCUCAGGAGAAUGAUCACCUCCAAUGAGAAGCACCUGGAGAGCCUCAAGCAGGCGGGCAGCCUCUUGCGGGCUCUGGAGCGGCUGGCCCCGGCUGGCGGUUCCUCUGCUGACAGUGCGGUGGCCUCCUUGGCCCUGGAAAUCCUCCAAGCUGUUGGCCACUAGGCAAGACGGCACGAACACAGCCCGCCCCGCGGCACCAACCCUCAGCUCCGCAGGAAGGUCGGCUCCACACACUCGCCACCUCCCGCUGUAUUUGGACCCGAGUCAGCCGACGCCAGAACCUUCCGGCUGGGGUGCUCGCACUGUCUCUGGGCCCAGAGAACUGACUCCGAACACAGCUCCUCAGUCCCUGUGGGGCACGUCCAGGAAGCUCAGGGUUGCUAGCUGUUCCAGC